CAGAAGCUGAGGCCCUUGCCUGCCCACUUUAGAUCUAGGACAGAGCUCCUCUGACUUGCUUAGGGGCUUCAGUUCGUGGAGAUGCCAGCAGCCCGUCGGUUCCCUGGCCUUGAACUCUCCUUUCCUCUACUGGCCAGACUGCGGCGGCGUCUGUACACAAGGCUGGGGAGCAGCAGCAUGCAGCCAGAGGAGGGCACAGGCUGGCUGUUGGAGCUGCUGUCCGAGGUGCAGCUACAACAGUAUUUCCUGAGGCUUCGAGAUGACCUCAACGUUACCCGUCUGUCCCACUUUGAGUAUGUCAAGAAUGAGGACCUGGAAAAGAUUGGCAUGGGCCGGCCUGGUCAGAGGCGACUGUGGGAGGCUGUGAAGAGGAGGAAGGCCAUGUGCAAACGCAAGUCAUGGAUGAGCAAGGUGUUCAGUGGAAAGCGGCUGGAGGCUGAGUUCCCUCCCCAUCACUCUCAGAGCACCUUCCGGAAGCCCUCACCUACCCCAGGGAGCCUGGCAGGGGAGGGGACCCUGCAGAGCCUCACCUGCCUCAUCGGGGAGAAGGACCUGCGCCUCCUGGAGAAGCUGGGAGAUGGCUCCUUUGGGGUGGUGCGUAGAGGCGAAUGGGACGCCCCUGCAGGGAAGACGGUGAGUGUGGCUGUGAAAUGCUUGAAGCCUGAUGUGCUGAGCCAGCCAGAGGCCAUGGACGACUUCAUCCGGGAGGUGAAUGCCAUGCAUUCACUUGACCACCGAAACCUCAUUCGCUUGUAUGGUGUGGUGCUUACACCACCCAUGAAGAUGGUGACAGAACUGGCACCCCUGGGAUCUCUGUUGGACCGGCUACGUAAACACCAAGGUCAUUUCCUCUUGGGGACUCUGAGCCGCUAUGCUGUGCAGGUGGCUGAGGGCAUGGGCUACCUGGAGUCCAAGCGCUUCAUUCACCGUGACUUGGCUGCUCGAAAUCUGCUGCUGGCUACCCGUGACCUGGUCAAGAUUGGGGACUUUGGACUGAUGCGAGCUCUACCCCAGAAUGAUGACCACUAUGUCAUGCAAGAACAUCGCAAGGUGCCCUUUGCCUGGUGUGCCCCUGAGAGCCUGAAGACACGGACCUUCUCUCAUGCCAGUGACACCUGGAUGUUUGGGGUCACACUGUGGGAGAUGUUCACGUAUGGCCAGGAGCCCUGGAUUGGCCUCAAUGGCAGCCAGAUCCUGCAUAAGAUUGACAAGGAAGGGGAGCGCCUGCCCCGGCCCGAGGACUGUCCCCAGGACAUCUAUAAUGUCAUGGCCCAGUGCUGGGCUCACAAGCCAGAGGACAGACCCACAUUUGUGGCCCUUCGGGACUUCCUGCUGGAGGCUCAGCCUACUGACAUGCGGGCCCUUCAGGACUUUGAGGAGCCAGAUAAGCUGCACAUCCAGAUGAACGAUGUCAUCACUGUGAUCGAGGGAAGGGCUGAGAACUACUGGUGGCGUGGACAGAACACCCGGACGCUGUGUGUGGGACCCUUCCCUCGGAACGUGGUGACCUCCGUGGCUGGCCUGUCAGCCCAGGACAUUAGCCAGCCUCUACAGAAUAGCUUCAUUCACACGGGACAUGGCGACAGUGACCCCCGCCACUGCUGGGGAUUCCCUGACAGGAUUGAUGAGCUAUACCUGGGAAACCCCAUGGACCCUCCUGACCUGCUGAGUGUGGAGCUGAGCGCCUCCCGGCCCGCCCAGCAUCUAGGAAGAGUGAAAAGGGAGCCUCCACCUCGCCCACCUCAGCCUGCCAUCUUCACUCAGAAGCCAACAUAUGACCCUGUGAGUGAGGACCAAGACCCCUUGUCCAGUGACUUCAAGAGGCUGGGUCUGAGGAAGCCAGCCCUGCCCAGAGGACUGUGGCUAGCAAAGCCUUCAGCCCGAGUGCCAGGCACCAAGGCAGGCCGAAGCAGUGGGGGCGAGGUCACACUCAUCGACUUUGGCGAGGAGCCUGUGGCCCCAACCCCACGGCCCUGUGCACCCUCACUGGUACAGUUGGCCAUGGAUGCCUGCUCCCUGCUGGACAAGACACCACCACAGAGCCCCACACGGGCACUGCCACGACCUUUACAUCCCACACCUGUAGUAGACUGGGACGCUCGCCCGCUGCCCCCUCCCCCUGCCUAUGAUGAUGUGGCCCAAGAUGAGGAUGAUGUUGAGGUCUGCUCUAUCAACAGCACACUAGUAGGUGCAGGGCUCCCUGCUGGGCCAAGCCAGGGUGAGACCAAUUAUGCCUUUGUGCCUGAGCAGGCCCAGCUGCCCCCUGCCCUGGAGGACAACCUAUUCCUUCCACCCCAGGGUGGCGGCAAGCCACCCAGCUCGGCCCAGACCGCAGAGAUUUUCCAGGCACUGCAGCAGGAAUGUAUGCGGCAGCUACAGGUCCCCACUGGCCAGCUGACCCCUUCCCCAACCCCAGGAGGCGAUGACAAGCCCCAGGUGCCACCCCGGGUACCUAUCCCCCCUCGGCCCACACGCCCACGUGUGGAGCUGUCUCCAGCUCCCUCAGGUGAGGAAGAGACAAGCCGAUGGCCUGGACCUGCCUCCCCUCCCCGAGUGCCUCCCCGGGAACCCCUGUCCCCUCAAGGUUCCAGGACCCCAAGUCCCCUGGUGCCACCCGGCAGCUCUCCAUUACCGCACCGGCUCUCUAGCUCACCUGGCAAGACCAUGCCCACCACCCAAAGCUUUGCCUCAGACCCUAAGUAUGCCACGCCACAAGUGAUCCAGGCUCCCGGCCCACGGGCUGGCCCCUGUAUCUUGCCCAUCGUCCGCGAUGGCAGGAAGGUCAGCAGCACUCAUUACUACCUUCUGCCUGAGCGCCCUCCUUACCUGGAGCGCUAUCAACGCUUCCUUCGGGAGGCCCAGAGCCCGGAAGAGCCGGCCUCCCUGCCUGUGCCCUUGCUGCUGCCCCCACCCAGUACCCCAGCCCCUGCUGCCCCCACUGCCACUGUUCGACCUAUGCCUCAGGCUGCCCCAGACCCAAAGGCCAACUUCUCCACCAAUAACAGCAACCCAGGGGCUCGGCUGCCACAGAGGGGCUGCCCGGGGGAUGGGCGAGAGGCUGCACGGCCAGCAGACAAGGUCCAGAUGACGCUGACAGUUGUUGGAGAGCAAGGGUCUGCCCUAGAGGAACCACUUGAAUCUGUCUGUGGGACAAAGUUGGGAGAUGCCCCGUCUCAGGCCUGGGGGCCCACUGCUGCCGGCUGCUCCCAGUGGACAGGGUGAGACCCAGGGAGGCAGCAGGAGACUGGGAGCCUCAGCCGCCCGCCUCACUCACCCACCCAGUGCUGUUCUGCACCUUGGUUCAGCCCUCAGUGCCCCAACCAAGAGGUGGGAAGGAGCCCUGUGAAGGCAAGAUGGGAAGCUGCCUGGCAGGCCCUGUGUAUGGCCUGCCUCUGGCUCCAGAUCAGAGCUGGGCUAGUGGCUAGAGUGUGCCCCAGGCUUUGCCCUAGGGGGCUAGACUGAGGAAGCCAGCUUGACUUGGGCAACAAGGAUGUGUUGGCUGCACAGAAGGGUAGGCCAGCAUCCAGCAGGCCCUCCUCUGCACUGGGCCCUUUUCCAGGGAGCCCCUGUAGGCAUUUGAAGUGUUGGACAGAGUGUGACCUGUGGCUUCACUGUGAACUUGCCUGCUCGGCUGCUCUCGGGAUCUUAUACCUGGAAACAGCCCGAAGUGGUUCAGAAGCAGAGAAACAGCGCCAGGUUCUUCUCUGGCAGGGCCUGGGGCCCAAGGCCCCAGGUUGGAAGCAGACCCCAGGGGCACCAGUACUUUCCCUUUUGACCCCUGCUCUUCCCCUGUUCGAUGUGUUCCCAUCAGCCUCUGUUGCCAAAGUUGCUGCUCCAGCUAUGGAUAUCUGCUUCUUCCAGAGAAAUAAAUUCUGUUUCUAUUUUAUGUUA